CAUCCGGACUUACCGGAGACACCGGAGCAAGCCGGCGGACGGAGUUUCCAGUGUAGUCGAAGCGUAGCAAGAUGGCGGGAACAAGACAGUCUUUACUCUUGUCCGAUGAUCAAAAAGACGACCUUGCGACACGAAUCCCAACCCUGGGUGAGAAAGGAUCCUCGGGCUUCAUUCAGCUGAGUGAACUCAAAGAUGCCCUCGAAAUUGUCGGCUGCAAGGUCCCCCAGUGGCAGGUCCGCAAGAUGGUGGAAGACAUGGAACAACGCAAGUCCCUCCGAGAGCCAGGGCGGAUUGCCGUGGACGAAUUCCAGAAGCUCUACUCCGACCUCAAGUCUAAAGAGGUGUCACUCACAUUCAAGACUGUCAUCUCCAAGAAAGAUAACAUCCAGACGUUGGGUGGAAUGUCGGAGGCUUCGAGCGAGGGGACGACUCAUUCCGUACGGCACGAGGAGCGUGCCGCUUUCUCCGACUGGAUCAACCGGAACCUGGAGAACGAUCCUGACUUGAAACACAUCCUCCCCAUUGCAAUGCCAGGGGAGACUUUGUACGAGAAGGUCAAAGAUGGCAUCUUGCUCUGUAAAAUCAUCAACCACUCCUGUCCAGAAACGAUCGACGAGCGAGCGAUCAACAAGCGCAACUUGACAUUGUACACCAAGCACGAGAACCUGACGCUGGCCCUGAGCUCAGCCCAGGCCAUCGGGUGCAACAUCAUCAACAUCGACGCUCAUGACCUUGCACGCGGAAAACCUCACCUUGUUCUCGGCCUGUUGUGGCAGAUCAUCAAGAUUGGCCUCUUCAACCAGAUCACUCUGCAGCACUGCCCAGGUCUCGUCCAGUUGCUGGAACCCGGAGAAGACAUGGCUGACCUCAUGAGGCUGUCGCCUGAGGCUAUCCUCAUGCGAUGGGUCAACUACCACUUACAGCGUGCAGGCACACACAGACGGUUGACAAACUUCACUGGUGAUGUGAAGGAUUCGGAGAUCUACACGCUGUUGCUGAAGCAGAUAGCACCUCUCACAUCUGGGGUGCACACAGAAGCUCUGCACGAGAGGGAUCCACUGCACCGUGCCGAGAUAAUGCUCCAGCAGGCGGACAAGAUCAACUGCCGCUCUUUCCUUGCACCUCCGGACGUUGUCGAAGGCGUGUACAAGCUCAACGUUGCCUUUGUUGCCAACCUGUUCAACAACCACCCCGCGUUGGACAAGCCCGAGGAACCCCUGGAGUUGGAAAACCUGGAGGAAACCCGGGAGGAAAAGACGUACCGCAACUGGAUGAACAGUAUGGGAGUGAAGCCCUACGUCAACUGGCUCUACAGCGACCUGGCAGACGGCCUCGUAAUUUUUCAGCUGUACGACGUGAUCAAGCCCGGCCACGUGGAUUGGAACAGGGUCCAUCAGACGUUCACAAAGUUGAAGGCGUUCAUGGAAAAGCUGGAGAACUGCAACUACGCUGUGGAUUUGGGCAAGCAGUUAAAGUUCUCGCUGGUCGGAGUCGCGGGCCAGGACAUUUCCGACGGCAAUGCCACCCUUACGCUGGCUCUCGUCUGGCAGUUGAUGCGCGCCUACACCCUGUCUGUUCUUGCGCAGCUGGCCGACACAGGUCAUCCGAUCAUCGAGAAGGAAAUUGUUGACUGGGCUAACGGCAAGCUGAGAGCAGCAGGCAAGCAGACUCAAAUCAAGAGCUUCCAAGACCCAUGCAUCUGCGAUGCACGGCCGGUGAUAGACCUGGUAGACGCCAUCAAUCCGGGAUGCAUCAAUUACAGCCAAGUCUUGCCCGGGGAUACGCAGGAGGAACGGCUAGACAAUGCAAAGUACGCCAUUUCAAUGGCACGUAAGCUCGGAGCGCGCAUCUACGCCCUGCCCGAAGACAUAGCAGAAGGGAAACACAAAAUGGUGAUGACAGUCUUUGCUUGCCUCAUGGCUCGAGAUUACGUACCCAACAUGGGCUCCAAGGAGAACGCCUCCGCGGAAUGAACGAGAAGAGGCUCUCCGUCCCACGCGUUUUCGGCUGGAUUCUGAGCAGAACGGGAUCGGAUACAAUAGGUAAUGGCGGGAGGCAUUCGGGGGGGACCAUAUUUCCUCUUGGGACAUUCUUCUUUUAUUCCUUACGAGACUCUGCUCUUAAUUAGAAAGGCAUUCUUGUUUCUUUUUUUUUUUUUUUUUAUCUACACAAUUUACUUGCGGACGGUUGAGACGCUCGCGGAGGAUGUGACUGCCGCACAAUUUUUUUGCCCGUGAGAGGCACCACUUGAGGUUGCAGAAACCUUGCAUGAUUGCCCAAUUAUUUUUUAUAUAAUUUAUUUGAAGUCAAGACUUUUUUUUUUCUUUCAAUCUUCCUGGUGCUGUCUGUCUUUGUCGCGGAUGAGGAUGAGAGGAAAACUCGAGCAAAUGCGAGGUGCGCAACAAUGAGAGAUAAUGUUUCUAUAUUUUACUCUUUUUUUUCUCUCUCUCUUUCUCGUUCAUCUGUCCUAGUCGUACACAUUCCAAUAGCUCCGAAACGGAGCAGGGGUCCGUCUUUAGUAUUUCACUUCACCUGGUGAGCAUUAUCUUUUUCUGAUGUUUACGUCGUCGCGUCCAACGCUGAAGUGUUAUUCCAGGAACCAUGACAAGCGAUUUUUCUAAUGACCUUAUACGCAAAAGAUGUGUUGUAUUAUAUUUUUCUACGCUUUUUGUACGUGAGCAGGGCUUUUCGCUCAGAAAUGCACAAAGUGCUGAGGGUCCAGGGGAGAGGCUGUGUAACAUAGGAUAUUUGUACAUUCCAUAAGAAAAAUAAAUUUGUGCUUUUUUUUGUUGCA